GUCUAGCGGGGAAACACACAGAUGGAGGAAGUGUUGUGUGACUGUUAGCUAGCUAUGGUUUGAGUUACAAUGUGGCGCUAACUAGUUUCAAAUAAAGCUUUACGGAUAUGUUUAGGGAUGCUUGAGGUUGUUACGAAGGACUGUGCUGUAACUUAGCGUCUCUAUUUAGUCGAGCCUUUUUUUCUUUUCCGGCUUUUUAAAAAAAAAUGCCCAUUCGAGCCUAUUGUACAAUCUGCUCGGACUUCUUUGAUCACGCCAGAGAUGUGGCUGCCAUUCACUGCGGACACACUUUUCACUAUGAAUGUCUUCUUCAGUGGUUUCAGACCGCUCCUACCAAAACCUGUCCUCAGUGCAGGAAACAGGUCAGCACCAGACACAUCAUCAACAAACUGUUCUUUGACAUUGGAGGAGAGGGGGAGGAAGGGUCUGCAGACCCAGAGAGCCUGCAGAAUGAGAUUGAUCGAAUGAAGGCACUGCUAAGCUCUAAAGAUCGAGACUGGCAGGAGAAACAGAAGGCGAUGGACGGCUUGAAGGACACGGUGAACAAGCAGAGGAGAGACCUGGACGCCAUGCGGAAAGAGGUCAUGGAAAAGGAGAUGCUCUGCGUCGCUCUUAAAAAGCAGAUGGUUUAUUUGGAGACUCAGCAGAACGAAAUUCAGGCGGCGAAGGAGGAGGUCCGCAGACUGAGGGGCAAAAUGAAAACCUUUGAAAGCCUGAAUGUGCUGCUGCAGGGUCAGCGAGGCGAAGUGGAGUCCAUGAUCACAGAUAUGGGUGUGAGCCAGGCAGCAGUGGAGCAGCUCUCCAUUUACUGCAUCUCUCUGAAGAAAGAAUAUGAUAACCUCACAGGAAGACUCAAGUCUUCAAACGACAUGUGCGAGAAGCUGAAGAGAGAAGUUCUCUCCUCAGACAGCAAGCUGCAGAAGGCUUCCCGGGAGGCGCUUCAGCUCAAAGAGGAGUUGAAGUCUCUGCAGAAAGACCUGGUCGGCGCCGACAAGGAGAUCUCCAGUCUCAAGAAGAAAGUGGAGUUUCUCCAGAAGACUCUGAGCACGCCGACACGCACCAACGAAGCCCUCAGCAGACUCGUCUUCGAAAGCCCGGCGCCUCUGGAACUGAAGCCCCCCCGCCUCCACCAGCCGGCGCACGGCGACGACAUCGACCUCAACAUGACCUAUGACAUCGCCACGCCCGACGUCGCGUCAAAGAGACCGGCCCAGGUUCCCUCGAAGAAGAUGCGGCUGGAGCGACCUGGAACGUCUUCGUCGAAAUACGGAGAGAAACUUUCCUCUCUGAGCAAGAAUGAAGAUUCAACGCUUGAUCCUUUUUUGAGGAACUCCCUUCUGUUCAGAAAGAAGAUUCUUAGAAGCAUGUUGGACCCUCAGAAGAAGGCUGGAGUCGUCCAAACUGGCUACGAUGGAUUAGGAGGACGGACUAAAUUCAUCCAACCUUCUCCUUUAUCCGAGAUCCGGCCUCUGCUGAAAGCCAAAAGGAAAAAAGUAACUCGGCCUCCCUCUACGAUUCCAACAUGUCCGACUCUGGACAGCUUCCUGGAAUGAAGUCGGGACGUUUGGGGGAGAAACAAAUCAGUGGUGCUGCUGUGGCUUAGGAGGGGGCCCACAGCAGGGGGACCAGAAGGAGGGACGGGUCAAGCGGCAGAACUUUGUAAUUACUUCUUUAUUAAAAGUCAGGAGAAUGCACCUCAGAAAACAACAAAUGGUGCCUUUAUUUUUUAACAUCAACAUGUCUGAUGUAUAGUCUUUUUUUGUUGUGUGUUAUAAAUUUGUUUAGAACACAAAUUCAGUUUGUCCUGAACCAUAAUAGAACCAUUAUUGUCUGAGUUUAUUUUCCCGCUUUCAGAUGAUUUUCACGGCAUUAUGUCAUAAAGAUUCACAGUUAGAUUAAUUAUGUUAUAGUUUUUUGUUUCUUUUAAAUCUCUCGCUUAAUGUCAACCAGCUCAAAAAUAAACUUAUUUUUUAUUGAGUCUGUGUUUUUUACUAAUAUUUGCACUGAGCGGUGCUCUCCAGCAGAGGGCAGUACAAACUAUUUUAUUUAUUCCUUUAACAUUACGUGUCUAUUGGUCUGAUGUAGUACUUUUUACUUAAGGAACUGAAAUUGUAAUUUUCAUAGCUGUAAGCCAUAAUCCAAAUUAAAUAAUUUCUUUUCUAAUUGAAGAACAAGCUGCAAACAAAUUUUUUGUGAUGUAAACGUGAAUUAAGUGAAGGUAACUGCUCAGUUCUGAUAGGAUUCAGUUAGUUACUGUGAUGUAACACAACUAACAUGAAACCAUGUUUCAGGUCAAGG